GUUGUUUGGAUAAUGAUUAGUGAAAGAAUCGGAUUUUGCAAAAUCACUGCCUGAGAAACACAUACACGGAGAGCUGGUUUCUUUCAGUGCUGUGUCCCAUUCUUAAGAUAUGCUGCUUUGUCCUUUCUACACCCUGGUGCUGGCAGUGUCCCUGGUGAAAUCAUCAGAUCCUGAGACAUGCAGGUGUGAAGAGAAAGUCAACAUUUGCACUGUGGUUCCUGGCAUUAAUGGAUUGCCAGGAACCCCAGGGAGCAAUGGCUUGCCAGGAAGAGAUGGGAAGGAAGGACCUCCAGGGCCAAAAGGAGAUUCAGGAUUAAAAGGAAUACAGGGACCUCCGGGAAAAGCUGGACCGCCUGGCUCAAAAGGAGAUGAAGGGCUGAAAGGGGAAAAAGGAGAUCGUGCAGGUAAAGAGCUUGAUGUUCUCAAAACUCAGAUUCGUGAUUUACAGGCAGAACUGAAGGUCCUGAAAGAGACUGCAAGAAAGAAUCAGGAAGAUAUUCAGGAGUCUGCUUUCCCAACCUUCACCAUAAUCGGAACCAAAAAAUUUGCAUCUAAUGGAGGUGAAGCCAACUUUGACACUGCCAAGGCCACCUGCUCCAAAUUUAGAGGAAAACUGGCUUCUCCGAGAAAUGAGGAAGAAAACGCUGCUCUAGCAAAACUGGCUUCCAAGUUUGGAAAAAACUCUUUUCUGGGGAUGACAGACCAGGAGACAGAAGGUACUUUUAAGCACCUCAACGGGGACCCAAUGCGAUACUCACAAUGGGCAGAUGGCGAACCUAAUGGAGAAGAAGAAGAUUGCAUAGAGUUGUACCAGGAUGGCCAAUGGAAUGACGUUACUUGCAAUGCAAAUCGAUUAAUCAUCUGUGAGUUUUAAUUCAACCAUCCUUCUAAGUUUGACUGGGUAGCAAGAACAGGACAUUCACCUAUAAUUUCAGAACAUGAGCCAAAUGGCCUUAUUCAUUCUGAUAUUCUAAAAAAAACCUAUCAAGGUUUCACAAGGCUGUACAAGGUUUGCUUGGGCAACUGUCAAAAGACGAACAAGCAUUGGGGCCAUUUCAUAUAAUUUAAUUCAGUUUGUUGCACUUUGGAGGCUACUUAAAAAAUGUGGAUUUAUGAGAAAUAUCUGUGAUAAUAAAAUUAAUAAAUAAUGUACUGGUAAUUCUCGUGUUCAGAUAAUCACAUAUUAAACUGUCUCCUUAAUGUAAUGUUUAUUUGUGUUUUACUAGUUAAAUAUACUGUAUGUAGUGUGUGCAAUUAUAAAUUCCACCAAACCAAUAUCCCUUAAUUGCCUUUUAACAUUUUAGCAAUCAUCUUAUACGAACUGCUUAUGGCUUUCAAUGCAAAAUCCCUUCCAGAAGAUGACAGGGGUUGGCAAAACCUUUUCCAUUUUAAAAGAAGCCCAAAUAGACAACAAUUGUACUAUCUUU